UGUUGCUCAAGAAAACAAGAAAUUAAUAAUAAAGACUUUAUUAACAUAAUUAAGUGUUUGGUAGCAAAGUUGUUUUAUAUAAUUUUGUAUUGUGUGUUUAAAAUUUUUUUUCGAAAACAAAAGAUUCAAGCAACAAACCUGUUGCUAAUAAGAUAAAAUGACUCAAUAAUUUUUUUUGAAGAACCACCACCGCUGCUCGACAUCAUUAGCCAUUUAAGGUGUUUUAUUUUGUUAACUGUAUACGAUAAGUUUCUAAUAAGACUACUGUUGCUGCUGCCCUGUAUUCGUCAACAAUGUCUGCAGAAAUUACCAAUUCCGUAACCUUGAGAUCUUUGUUGUUAUUUAUAUUAUCAUUUACAACGUUCACGGAAGCAGUUUAUGUUUAUGGUGAACCAAAAUAUAAAUGUCCAGCCAAACCCAAACUAAUCUAUCCCUGUCAGUGCCUUAAAGGUUCCGACAUAGGCAUCUAUGUAACAUGUGAUAACACCAAUUUGGCCACUUUAUCGGUGGCUAUGCUAAAUUUAGCUGCCCUACAGUUGCCUGUGGAACAUUUAACCAUUAAUAAGGGAAAUUUUGAACGCAUUUAUGGUCCCAUAUUUUCAAAGGUUAAAAUACGUUAUUUAACAAUAUUGGAUACACCACUAAUGACUCUAGAGGAUUAUGUAUUCUUUGGUGUGAAUAAAACAUUGGAACAAUUGGAAUUGAUACAUACAAAUUUGUCGCAAAUAACACCGUUAUCAUUUGGUAUACUGGGCAAUUUAGUUAAUUUACAAAUUGAUGGACACAAUUUCACCAACUUAGACAAAAAUCUAUUUGUGGAACAAUACAUCUCGGGUCGUGUUGAGGUGAUGCGCAUAACAAACGGGCCUUUAAAUGAUGUACCCAUAGAAGUUUUUCAGCCUUUGCGUAAAUUGAAAACUUUGGAUCUACAUGGCAAUGCUAUAGAAAACUUGAAACGUAAUCAAUUUAAAAAUCUACGUGAAUUGGAAGUUUUGGAUAUAAGUUUUAAUAAAAUCAAAAAACUAGAAGCUCAACAUAUUGCGGAUCUAACUAAAAUGGGCUGGUGUAAUGUAUCGCAUAAUGCUUUGACGGAAUUAUCACGUGGUACUUUUGCCCGUAACGCUGUAUUAAAAGUUUUGAAUCUAUCACACAAUAAGAUACAACGUCUAGAUGCCAAUAGUUUUAGAGGCAUGAGAUUUUUAAGACGCCUUUAUAUGAGCGACAAUCGUAUAUCAGAUGUGGGUCGUGGUACAUUUGGUUCAGUGGCUCGUAUUGGUACUAUUGAUUUGGCUCGUAAUGCCUUAAAGAAAAUUGAAUUUCAAAUGUUUUCUCAAUUGAACUAUAUUGAAAUUUUGGAUUUGGCGGAGAAUAAUAUAACCCUUAUAGAGAAAAACUCCUUUAAGGAUAUUUAUCAGGCCCUUAUAAAUAUAUCACAUAAUGGUUUGGAGACCAUACAACCUAAAGCUUUUGAAAAUUGUGUUAAUAUUACGACUUUGGAUUUAUCGUUUAAUAAAUUGAAAAACUUUUCGAAAAAUGUUUUCGAUGAGACCACUUUUGCCACUAAUUUCCAACUGAGUCAUAAUUUGCUCACCAGUUUGGCUCAGAUUCCUUUACAAAACAUGACUGGUUUAAAGGUGUUAAAUGCCUCGCAUAAUAAUAUCACCCAAAUACCCAAAAAUUCCUUUCCCAAACUUUAUGAACUGCACACUAUCGAUGUCAGUCACAAUAAUAUAUCCACUAUAUUUAAUGCCGUCUUUCAAAACUUAUUUUCCUUACGUUCCAUUGAUCUUUCCUAUAAUAGUCUAGAGGAAAUAAAAUCCUCCAUGUUUGGUACUCUGCCUACACUUUUGACUUUGAAUUUAAGUCAUAAUAAAUUAAAUAAUAUUAUACGUGGCGCCUUAGCCAAAUUGACUAGUUUAAGAUUUUUGAACUUAAAUCAUAAUUUCUUAACGAAAAUCUUUCAAAUUCCUAUAUCUUUAAAUGAAUUGUAUAUGAGUGAUAAUAGAAUUGAAUCUAUACCUCCGAAUACUUGGCCGGUGAUGAAUUCUUUGAUUUAUUUGGAUUUAAGUAAAAAUCGUUUGGGCGAUUCUCUGGAACAGCAAAGUUUUAAGGGCUUAUUGGUAUUGCAGAAAUUAUUGUUGCAAGAAAAUGGUAUUACCCGACCGCCAUUGGAGUGUUUGGCGAGCAUGUCGACAUUGCAGUAUUUGUAUUUGCAGAACAACAACAUUACAGUGUUGGAGAAGAAUGCUUUUGGCAAAUUGCCGGUAUUAUUUGAGUUAAAUUUGCAUGGAAAUGGUGUAAAAGAAAUCAACAAACGAUCAUUUGAGGGUCUCUUGCAGCUGCUAAAUUUGAAUUUGUCAUCCAAUGUUUUACACAACAUACCCACUGAAGCGUUCAUAGGUUUGCCCUCUUUGCGUAAAUUGGAUUUAUCUCAUAAUUUCAUAACAAAACUGGAUAAUAAAACCCAUGGUGUUCUCGAUGAUUUAUUAAGUUUGGAAGAUCUCAAUUUAAGUUACAACAAAAUAAGUUUUGUUACCAAAAAGACAUUCCCCGAAAAUCAAUAUAUACCCUAUAAUCUGAAAUAUUUAGAUUUGAGUUAUAACCAAAUGCCUGUCUUAACUUAUGACAUUACAUUUGGCACUAAGAAGCUGUUGAAAUUGAAUUUAUCCUAUAACAGCAUUAAUGAAUUGAGACGUGGGGUCUUGGGCAAUUUUACACGUUUGCAAUAUAUAGAUCUUUCCAAUAAUGAAUUGAGCAAUUUACAGUCUGAAGAUCAUACGUUUGAUUUGCCACAAAAUUUAACCACCAUUUUAUUAAAUAAUAAUCAUAUUUAUAAAUUAAAUUUCACCAAAUUCCUAAAGGAACCCAGAUUUGAAACUAUUGAUCUGAGAAAUAAUAGUUUAACCGAGUUUCCUUUGUCAUUAGUGUGGAAUGUUAAAAAUGGCACUGAGGUUAAAUUUGCCGGUAAUCCUUUGCAUUGUAAUUGUGCGGCCAGACCAUUAAAACAUUAUCUCAUGCAAUUGGCCACCUUGAAGGAAGAUUUUCGUGAUAUAGCCUGUGAUACACCGGUAUUUAAUAGGGAUCUUUAUUUACAAUAUGUAGAGGAUGAGACUUUACAAUGUACUACGGAUGAAGAAAGAGAAAUGUAUACCGGAUUGGAAUAUGAAAAACUAUCCGAUGUGCUGUUUAGAGAUAUUAUAGUCAAAAACAAUAAUGUUAGCAUACGUUGGUUUGUGGUAACCGCCCGUGAUGUAGCCGAUUUUCUAGUCUAUAUACGUGAUCCCGAUAAUAAUAUUUUGUAUCAAGAAGAUUUUGAUUAUAAUGUACGCAAGGCUGAAAUACCCACAUCGCUCUUUAAGACUCCUCAACCAAUUGACAAAGAAAUUUGUAUAAUUUCGAAAAAUAGUAAUGGUAUUACUGGCAAUUGGUUCCAUGCUCAAUGUGAAAAAUUACCCGCUAUUAAGGAGAAACGUAAAUUUUUCUUCUUUUCUACUUCAUCAUCAAGUUCCAGUUCGGCCAAACCUUCCAGUUUGUUGAAUAAUGUUAGUAAAAUGGUUGUGUUUUUGAAUAUAUUAUUGUUAACACUUAAAGUGUAUUUGUUGUAAGUUUGUGGAUAAAUGUUGUUCAGAUUAGUGGACAUUUUGUAAUAAUACUCGUAAUGAAAUUUUGUAACUGCCAUUAAGUACCUUUCAUUUUGUAUAUAAUUUAAUAAAGUUUUAUAUUUAAAAUUAAAUUUGUUAAUAUUU